CUCGCAGGGACGAGACGGCAACAGAGACCGCAGGAAAUACUGGUUUAAAAAUACACACAGAACUCCAGAAAUAACUUUUGGAGGAACUCUCAAUGAAAGUCGAUUCUUUUCUCUGUGUUUGUUCCAAUUUCAAGCCACGGGACAGUUUUUGUAAGGCUGAAAACAGCGCGUACGGAUUUAAACCAGAAGUUUUUUUUCUUUCUGGAAUUCGAUUAGAAAACUUCUAAAUUGGAAACAGAACGGCGACUACCACACGGACAGUUUCGUCGGUCAGUCACACCAUCCUAAGGACAUUUGAACGUGUAGCACUUUUGCAUUCUCGAAACUGAAAAGGAGAACAAGAACCCCUGAAAAAAGCAAAGAACACUCUGUCUGGAAUCAGACCAUCGCUUCAAGACUACCUGUGGACAACCAGACCGCAAACUCUCAGUUUUUUUUUUUAAUUUUCCUUUCUUUCUUCCUUUUUUUGUAAAAUCGGGAUCAGGAUAACCAUUCGAGAGGAUGCGGUGAAAGACUGAUCCCAUUUCACGAAUUGAAGUGCGCAUUCAACAAGUUCCUGACACGAAAUCAGACACUUUCAGUCUGUCUGGAUCAAUAUCGGAGGGGAUGAUGACGACUGGGGCAAAGAUUACGCUGUUGUUGUUUACUUUCUCACUCCACGCUCUGAACAUUGCGACUGCAGAAACAUGGACAGGCCUUCGCUUUGUCCAGAGCCCCACCAACCUGACCUCCUCUCUGGGGAAGCCGGUCAAGCUGCAGUGCCACCUCCAGGGGCAGGGCGGGGACGACAGCCCCCCCGACGUGAUCUGGUUCCAGGGGGAAGUCAUGCUGGAGAUGGCCGACACCAACCAGAUCCAGCUCCAGGUGGACGAGGACACCUGGGUCGUCAUGAGCACGCUCAGGAUUGAGGCAGUGCAGCUUGCGGACAUGGGCGCGUACCGCUGUGCUGUUAUGGAUGGAGAGGAACUCACUCUGUCAUAUAAGGGGCACAUUCAGCUGGAAGGCCUUCCGCACUUCUCCGUAGAGCCGCAGCCCAUGUCGGUGGUGGCCAAUGAGAGUGUGUCCCUGCUGUGCGUCGCCCACGGCCCCCCCGAGCCCGUCCACAUCAUCUGGCUGCAGGAUGGAGCCCCCCUCAACACGCUGGACGACCCCAUGUCCCGGUCCCCCUCCUACCUCAACCUCACCGGUCUGAACAGAACCAGCUCGUUCUCGUGCGAGGCACACAACCGUAAGGGCGUGGCCUCCUCUGGAUCCGGCACCGUCACAGUCCUUCCAGCCCAGCCGCGCAACAUCAGGGCCUCGGAGACGACCAACUCCAGCCUCCAUGUGACCUGGGAGCCAGGAUUCGGUGGAGUCUACCCCAUCACCCGGUGCUCUGUGCAGGCGCGUAUCCCCGGUGACGACCCUGACUCCGCCCCCGGGGAGCUGGUGCACAACCAGAACGUGAACGUGAACCCGCCCCCCGCCGCGCUGUCAUUGGGCCAGCUGGAGCCCUUCAGCCAAUACCAGGUGCGCGUGGCCUGCCACUCCAGCCAGGGCGUGUCUGAUUGGUCGCCGUGGGUCUCCCUGCACACCGCCGAAGGAGUGCCAUCCGGAUGUCCAGUGAACGUCACUGCUGUGAUAAACGGCUCUUCUGUGAUUCUGAAGUGGGCGGAGCCUGAGGGACCCAUCAACGGACACCUGCUGGGGUAUCGCAUGGAGUACAGAACCCCCAACAGCACCUGGGAGCUGCAUGACUCAGGAUUGGACACUGAGCUGUCCGUCAACGUGACCGAGACCCUAUCCAACAUCUCCUUCCGUGUGUGUGCGUACACGGGGGCGGGACAGGGACCCUGGAGUCCCGUUCAGACCCUGGCUCUCCUCCAACCAGAAGUUGGAAACCUACAAUCUAGAGAAAACGCACCGGCAGCCUUCUCCUGGCACUGGUGGUACGUCGUCAUGGCGAUAGCGGUUGCCGUGGCGCUGGCGGUGCUGAUGGCCAUCUACGUGGCCCGACUCAGACGGAAAGAGACACGCUUCGGUGAGGCGUUCGAGCCCAUGAUGGAGAGUGGAGAACUCGUCGUGAGAUACCGCGCCAGACGGACUUACAGCCGCCGGACUACAGAAGCCACUCUGAACACACUGGGCAUCAGUGAUGAACUGAAGCAGAAGCUACAGGAUGUGAUGGUGGACAGACAUAAGCUGACCCUGGGAAAGACUCUGGGAGAGGGUGAGUUUGGCUCGGUCAUGGAGGGGCUGCUCACCCAGGAGGACUCGGUGCUGAAAGUGGCCGUCAAGACCAUGAAGAUUGCUAUCUGUACGCGGACAGAGAUGGAGGACUUCCUGCGUGAAGCGGCCUGCAUGAAGGAGUUUGACCACCAGAACGUCAUGAGGCUUGUAGGUGUGUGUCUGCAGACGGUUGAGAGCGAGGGCUACCCCUCACCUGUGGUCAUCCUGCCUUAUAUGAAGCACGGCGACCUGCACAGCUAUCUGCUCUACUCCAGGCUCGGGGACUGCCCUGUGUAUCUUCCAUCCCAGAUGUUAGUGAAAUUUAUGACGGACAUCGCCAGGGGAAUGGAGUAUUUGAGCAGCAAGAAUUUCAUUCACAGAGACCUGGCUGCUCGCAACUGCAUGUUGAAUGAGAACAUGAAUGUGUGUGUGGCGGACUUCGGCCUGUCUAAGAAGAUCUACAACGGUGACUACUACCGGCAAGGCCGCAUCUCCAAGAUGCCCGUCAAGUGGAUCGCCAUCGAGAGCCUGGCAGACCGAGUGUACACCACCAAGAGUGAUGUGUGGUCAUUUGGAGUGACCAUGUGGGAGAUCGCUACGCGUGGUCAGACUCCGUACCCCGGCGUGGAGAACAGCGAGAUCUACGACUACCUGCGCCAGGGCAACCGCCUCAAACAGCCCCCCGACUGCCUGGACAGCAUUUACUCCCUGAUGUUCUCCUGUUGGUUCCUGAGCCCUAAGGACCGUCCCAGUUUCGAGGUUCUGUGCUGCGAGCUGGAGAAGGUUCUGGAGGAGCUGCCCGACCCGCAGGACCCCGACGAGAUCCUCUACGUCAACAUGGAGGAGUCGUCGUCCGGCGAGAUGGGCAUGGGUGCCGUGGGCGGCCGCGACCCCACCUGCCCGCUGGGCGGCCUCAUGAGAGGCGGCAUGAUGUCGGGCCUGGCGCUGCCGCUGCCGCCCAUGAAGGACUCGGUGGCGACGGUGGAGGUGCACGCCCCGCAUCAGCCCAACCGCUACGUGCUGUGCCCGCAGCACGAGAUGACCACCACGUCGUCGGCGGCGCUGUCGUCGUCGUCGGCGGCGCUGGCGCACCCUCCUCGCCCGCUGCUGCCCGCGGCGGACUCGCUGGAGUCGCUGCAGCUGCCCGCAGGUCUCGGGGGGGGCCUCCACUCGGCCACCUGCUCCUCCUCCGCCUCCCCCACCCCCACCCUGCAGCUGCAGCCCUCCGAGCGCUCCAGCCCCGUACCCCCCCUGGACGCCACCGACGACGACGAUGACCACGACUCCAUGCACAUGGGGCCCGCCGCCGUGCGGAGAGUGCCCUGGCAGUGACCUUUGACCUUCUGAGAAACAUUCUAUAGUAUUUUUCAACAGCCCCCCCCCCCCCCCCUUCUUUCCCUUUAGUGUUUCCCCAACCAAGCACAGGCAGACUCCUGCUUAUUAGCACAAGCACAUGAUUUGGACUCCAUUGAAAAAGCCUGCCCCCUAGUGGUGGAGUGGAGGAGUGGUGGACAUGACAGGCAGGGGUUUUUUUUGCACAAGCACAUGGGGAAUCCCCAAACCACACAAAACUUCCAGAGAAUCAUUCCAACGCCAGCGGAAAAAAAGACACAUUCUGAAACAUUUAUAAAUUGGUUGAAUUUACCUGAAAGUAUUUUUUGAUUAUCCCAGAUUUGUACAGAGCUCAAAUCUGAGCCUGAUCUAAGAGAGACAUUGUUGACUAUACGCAGAGGAACCCACUGCCCAUUACCUGCCCAUUACCUACCCAUUAUCUGAGCAUUACCUGAGCAUUACCUGAGCAUUACCUGAGCAUUAUCUCUCAGACUGGUCAGAGUGGUUUAGCUAUCUGAUAAUCCUGAAGUUCUCUGUCAUAUCAGCACUAAGUGCCUACAUUACCCAGAAUGCCCCAGCAGACCACAGGCCCGCCCUCAGCAGUGCCAGUCCAGAGCCCAGACCUAUAAAUAACACACUCAGGAGGUACGCUUUCUACACACACGCACACACACACACACACACACACACACACACACACACUCACUGCCAGUGGCGCUCUGCUCCUAGGAGACUCAAGCACUUCCCAGACUGUACACACACACCACACCUCACGCUGAAAACCUGGAAAACCUCUGAGGCGGCCAUCUUGUUGAGAACGCGGCCAGCCCCACAACAUCCGGACCGGCCUGGACAAGGGCACAUCUGCAAAGGUGAAUCAGCCGACUCCACCUGCAGUGGAGGCACCCUUGGGAGUGGAGAGAAGGGAUAGGAUGCACCCUUAGCAGUGGAAAGAGGGGAUAGGAUGCACCCUUAGGAGUGGAAAGAGGGGAUAGGAUGCACCCUUAGGAGUGGAAAGAGGGGAUAGGAUGCACCCUUAGGAGUGGAAAGAGGGGAUAGGAUGCACCCUUAGGAGUGGAGAGAGGGGAUAGGAUGCACCCUUAGGAGCCCUUAGGAGAGAGGGGAUAGGAUGCACCCUUAGGAGUGGAAAGAGGGGAUAGGAUGCACCCUUAGGAGCCCUUAGCCCCUUCUGCUCUAGGAGCGAAAACGAGCAAAACCAGGACAUGAGGGGUCACACUUUGGAGGCGGAGCUUGAGGAGAAGACCCCGCCCCCUUGGCCCCUUGGGCGUUUGGUAGCAGAUGUGUUGUGUUGUGUUGUGUUGUAUUGUUGUGCAAGGCUGGAGGUCUCCCAGGGGCAAAUUCUUGAUUCCUGAUGAGACUCAGUCAAACACUUCAGCCUCCCGACGCCCUCCCCACCCAACCCUGCAACCCCUUCCAGCGACACACACACACAGCACAUCCAGCCCUCUUGGAGAGUGUGCACACACACUUACAGCGUAAGACAGCCGCAGGCCAAGGCCACACACACACGGUUCCGUGCGAAGAGGAAGGGCGACAUGAACAAGAGCGAGAGAACAAAUGAAAGGCAGAGGAACGAGACGCUCGAUGGAGAGAACCUCCGUCUGUUUUGUUUUUUUUCUUUUUCUCUUUUUUUGUUUUGUCUUGGGAAGGGGUUGAUGGGACACAUUCUUCAUGCGGACGGGAGUCACGCGUGUGUGUCCAGCAUCCCUCCCGAACUCACGCGCCCUCCCGCCGUGAAGCGUCUCUAGCCUCCAGACGCCUCCACAGGAAGCAGCGUGCUGUGUUUCCUCACUUACGCGCCCAGUUGAACUGCAUUCUGGGUCAGCGAGAGUGUGGAAUGGAGCUCCUAACUGGGGCUAUUGGAGUCUACACAUAUGGGGAGGACUCUAUGGGGAGGAGUCUACACGUAUGGGGAGGAAUCUAAACAUAUAGGGAGGACUCUACACUUAUUUUGAACCUGACAAAGAGGCCUCAGAAAGGACUGGGUGUUGUGGGGGUCGGAGGUCGGAGGUCAUCUUGCAGCAUCGGUGUGGGUCAAGUAUACAGUGCUGCACAGUUCUGGCUCAAGCACAGUGUUAUUGUACAGCAUGUGUGUGUGAGUGAGUGAGUGAGUGCAUGUGUGCGUGUGUGUGUGUGUGCAUGAUUAUGUGUGUGUGUGUGUGUGUGUGUGUGUGUGUAUGCGUAUGCAUGUGUGUGAGCGUGUGUGUGUGUGUGUGUGUGUGUGUGUGUGUGUGUGUGUGUGUGUGUGCAUGUGUGUGUGUGUGUGUGCGUGUGCAUGUGUGUGUGCUUGUGUGUGCAUUUUUGUAUGUGGGAAAACUUUGCACUAAUAUUUUUGUAUAUUGUUUUUCUUCUUCUUUGUAACAUUUUGUUUUCAUGUUUGUAUUUUGGUUUGUGAUCACCAGUGAAUUCUUAUGACAAUUCAUACACAAUGAAUUUGAUAUACAUGUAUGGAUAUAAUUGAUAUUAUCACAAAGUUAACAACCGGUUCAUGGAAACAUGAUCUAUUUGUAAAAGAAAAUACCAUGGGAAAAUUAAGAUGGUAAAAGUGACCAUUCCAGAUGUGUGUGUCCACUUAGUAGUCCGUGAUUUGUGCACAUUCCCCAACAGACGCUGCUGGCCCAGCUCCAGAAGUCUAAGUCUAAGUUUCGUCUAAGUUGCGUCAGACGAAAGCGCCUCGUUUUGGGGCCCAGAUGAACGAGUUCCGUACCAGACCCCCGCUGUAAUACACACACACACACACACACACACACACACACACACACUGUCAGCAUGCGGAGGGUCGCUGGGCCACAGGCCUUGAAAUGGCCCCUGGUACGCUUGGGUCAGUCUUUGACUCUGUGUUUUUAUGGUACGCCUUCAUGUUAAGCUGUUUUUGUUCUACAUUCUAGACCUCGCUAGACGCUAGAGAGAGAAAUGCUGAAGGAGAUUAAGACUGAGAUCCAGGAGUUGUCUUCUGCUCACACUGGCAUUUGUGCCCCAUCAUAGCAUGACACUGAUAUAACCGUAGUAUCACAUUCAUGGAACUGAUAUAACCGUAAUAUCACACUCAUGGAACUGAUAUAACCGUGAUAUCACACUCAUGGAACUGAUAUAACCGUAGUAUCACACACAUGGAACUGAUAUAACCGUAGUAUCACACACAUGGAACUGAUAUAACCGUGAUAUCACACACAUGGAACUGAUAUAACCGUGAUAUCACACACAUGCAACUGAUAUAACCGUGAUAUCACACACAUGGAACUGAUAUAACGGUAGUAUCACACACAUGGAACUGAUAUAACCGUUAUAUCACACACAUGGAACUGAUAUAAUCGUGAUAUCACACACAUGGAACUGAUACACACUCACAAGGACCAUGUGACACCACAUGGGACUGUACAGCUUAAUACACACACACACACACACACACACACACACACACACACACACACACACACACACACACACACACACACACACACACACACACACACACACUGUUCUGUGGUCCUUACCUGACCUGUGUUAUAUCAGUAGCAUGCUAGAGGGGUUAAAUACAGUGUCACUCAUCUUCAGUAUCGCACUGCCACGUAUUUUAUGAUGCUUUUUUUUGUCCAUACAUAGAAACACUCACACACACACACACACACACACACACACACACACACAGAGUUAACUGAUUUGUGAAACACCACCUUGUGGAGUGUGGAAGUGGUUUAAUUGAAGUCUGAAUUGAUUUCCACAGUAUGAAGUGGCAGUGUGCUUGCCGGCGCUUCAUUAACACGCAAUCAAACUGUGAGCCAAUCCGGGAGAAACGUGCUGAUUACAAAAAAAGUAAAUGAAAUCAAAUGCUUAUUUUAAAGAUUUCAAAUAGGUACAUGCUGUGGUAUGUAGUGCAUUUGUUUUAUAUUUCACACAUAUCAUGCACACAUACACAUACACACACACACACACACAAACAUACAUACACUCAUACACAGACCUUGAGGUCUACGAAGUGCCUUCAGUAUAAAGCCAGUAUUUUGCUGUGUAUUUUCCAAUGAGUUUGUUGCGUUUAGUUUGAAUAAUCCAUUCAAUUAGUUGAUAAAUGAUAAUGUAUUGAAUGUUGUUGAAAUUACACUCAUUUUGUUAUCAUUGCCGAUGUAAUUUUGAAAAACAAAUUUUAUACUGUAUGCCUUUUCUAUGAAAUAAAUAGCUACUUCAUUCA